AUGAGCACUGGCGGUAGUCAAUCCCCUGGCGAUGGCAUCACCGGUGGUUACACCGGAGACAGUUUGGCCCUCAAAGUGGCCAUUGCAACCUUGGCCGGCAUCACCUGGUACAAUGCCAUCGAACUCAUCAUUCUCGUCUUCGUCACCUUCAGCCAGUUCUCCGGCCUGUACUUUUGGUCCCUCUUCAUCUCCUCGUCCGUCGGCUUGGUCCCCUACUCCAUUGGUUUCCUGCUCAAGUUCUUCAACCUCACCGACCAGACCUGGCUCUCCGUCACCUUCAUCACCGUCGGCUGGUACUGCAUGGUCACCGGCCAAUCCAUCGUGCUGUACUCGCGCCUGCACCUGCUGCUCCCCAAUCAUCGAAUCCUGCGCCGCGUCCUGACCAUGAUCCUCGUCAACGUCGUCAUUCUGCACUUCCCCACCACCGUCCUGACCUACGGCUCCAACCUGUCCCACAACCUGGCCUACCGUCGCGGCUACAACGUCAUGGAGAAGAUCCAGAUGACCGGCUUCUGCAUCCAGGAGUUCGUGCUGUCCGCCCUCUACAUCUGGGAGACCACCCGCAUGCUGCGCCUGGACCCGGACCGCGGCAAGCGCAAGAUCAUGUACCAGCUGGUGGCCAUCAACCUGAUCAUCAUCCUGCUGGACGUCGGCCUGCUCGUCAUCGAAUACCGCGACCUCUACAUCAUGGAGACCAUGAUCAAGGGCGUCGUCUACAGCAUCAAGCUGAAGCUGGAGUUCGCCGUGCUAGGCAAGCUGGUGCAUCUCGUCCGCAGUCACGUCUGGAAGACCGAAUCCGCCACGCGCAACCGUGCCUCCGACUUCCCCGAUUUCGUCGAUGCCACCCGCGUGACGUCCGACCUGACGCACGCCGCGCCCACCGGCCGACGCCGAUCGCACCCCUGGAUGGACUCGGAUGACGUCUCGAUCGCCAUGUUCGAGCAUGCGGGUUCUGCCUCGGGUCCGACCAUUCGCGACCAAGAGACCGGGCACUCGGAAGUGUCCCACUCGUGGAGCGGCGAAACCCACACCAAUAAUAGUCAGGGCGAUCAAGAACCUAGUCCGGUGGAUUUUACGGAUCCCUGGCAUAAACAGAAGCACAUAAUCCCAAUCAAACGAUAUGAUCAUCCGGGGUGA